AUGGCCCGGGAGCUGAGCCAGGAAGCGCUCCUGGACUUCCUGUGCCAGGCCGGGGGCCGGGUGACCAACGCCGCCUUGCUGAGCCACUUCAAGAGCUUCCUCCGCGACCCCGACGCGCCCCCCGGGCAGCAGCAGCGCCGCCGCGAGCUUUUCAAGGGUUUCGUCAACUCGGUCGCCGCAGUGCGCCAGGACCCCGACGGCACCAAGUUCGUGGUGCUCAAGAGGAGGUACCGGGACCUUGUGGGGGAGGAGGAGGGGCUGCGGCGACCCCGCGACCCGCCCGCGGCCGCCGCCCCUGCAGGGGGAGCUGCGCCCCGCUCCCCGCUCCCCGCGCGCCGAGGGGAGCAGCCGCCGCAACCGCAGCCGGGGAGGCGGAUCCGGCGCGAGGAGGCGCCAGCAGGUGCCGCAGCCCCGGUCGCCGACGCAGGUUGCAAUGGACUCCCCGCGGGCGGCGCCCGGGAGGUGGCGCGGGGAGGCGGCAGGCCGAGGGGCCGCUCCGGACAUCGGGCGCCGGUGCCCGCGGCCGCGGUGGCCGCGGCUGCUCAGGACCGAGCCAGGUGCGCGGCGGCGGAGACGCAGGGCCGCUGCUGCUGGGAAUGCCUCCAGAACGGCCUGGGGGGGCUCCCGGACCCUGCCAGCGCCAGCGCCGCGGAGAAGCCGGCCCAGGACGACCGCGGGGCUCCCAGGCCGCAGCGGGAAGGGGCGCCCGCGGAGCCCCCGCCAGGGCCUGCCGCGCCCCGCUCGCCUCCUGCCGCCGUCGAGGCUGCUGCAGCGCCCGCUGUCUUGUCCAGCCCCAGUCCCCCAGGAGAUCCGCCCGCGCCGGUGACCCCGGGCCCCGUGCUCUACUCCACUCUGCAGCAGCAGCAGCAGCGCACUCGCGAGUGGGUAGCCAGACACCCCCAGGUACCCGAGGCCCGGGACCACGGCCCCGUCCGAGCCUGGUCGGUGCUGCCAGACGACUUCGCUCGGCUGCCCUCGGAGCAGGGCUCCUGGGUCCAGGAAUCUGAGUCAGCGCCCCUGGACCCCCCUCCUCCCUCUCAGUCUCUCGUCGCUCCCACUGUUUCGGAAGCCUGGUCCGGGGAUUCUCCGCUGGCAGUCUUUCGUAGCAUUCGAUGUCAGCUGUCCCUCCAGGACUUGGAGGACUUCGUGGAACAGGAGAGCCACGGCAGUGAGGAGAGCAGCAGCGGCCCCAAAGAGUCCCCUGGAGGUUCCGAAGACGGGCUGCGUCUGGCCCUGGGAGCCCCAGAUGGGAGAAGGCUCAGGAAUCCAGCUGGGGCCCCUUCUCCGAAGGAGGCCAGGCCCACCAGGAGCCCCCAGGGCCUCAGGAAUGUAGGAGAUGCUCACAUCUCUCAGCCGAUCUCCACAGGAGCUGACGGUCCUGCAGGCGACCCCCAACCUUUAUCCUGGCCAGCUCCCAAACUAAGGAGAUCCCGAAGGAGAAGCUCUAGGGCGGGGAGAGCCAGAUUGUCCUCCUCUGAGGAAGAGUGCCUUGAGGAGGAUUUGCUGAAAAGGAGCCGCCGCCCUCCCCGGGCCAGGAAACCCUCCAGAGUGGGAGCCAUGUCCAGCCCAAGGGCGGAUGCUGCAUUGACACUAGCAAAUGCAGGCGUUAAGGCUGACACCUCCGAGCGGGAUCAUCCACGCAGCUGGUGGGCCCCUGGAGGGGACAGGCCCACAGCCUUGGUCCCCCACAGAUCUUCCGAGCACAAGUCAUCCCUCGUCCCCCUUGAUGCCAGGGAGCAUGAAUGGAUCGUGAAGCUGGCCAGUGGCUCUUGGAUUCGGGUGUUGAGUUUGUUCUGGGAGGACCCCCAGCUGGCUUUGCACAAAGACUUCUUGACCGGGUACACUGCCCUGCACUGGAUAGCCAAACACGGUGCCCUCAGGGCCCUUCAGGACUUGGUCUCAAGUGCACAGAAAGCAGGGGUUGCUCUUGAUGUGAAUGUGAAGUCCAGCUGUGGGUACACCCCGCUGCACCUUGCGGCCAUUCACGGCCACCAGGGGAUCAUCAAAUUGCUUGUGCAAAGGCUGGCAUCUCGUGUAAACGUCCGAGACAGCAGUGGGAAGAAGCCUUGGCAGUAUCUGACCAGUAAUACCUCUGGGGAAAUAUGGCAGCUACUUGAAGCCCCACGGGGCAAGCCCAUUUUCCCCGCCUAUUCGUUGGUUCGUAGCUCUUCCCCCACCAGGAAGGCCAAGAGCCAGGAAGUAUCUCGACAUGUCACCCGAAAGACUUCCUUAGCUGCACUCCUCAAAGGUCAGCACGCCAAAUGGAAGCUGGCCAACCAGUAUGAGAAAUGCCCCAAUCUGAGGGAAAGAGAAGAGGACAGUGACUGAGGGGAGCCCCUGUCUCCAGCAUGGCCUCCACACCCCCAUCCUUGAGCUAGUCAGUGAGAGAAUCCGGGGAGAGAGGGGAAAUUGCCAAGAAGUUGGUUGCGAGGUCAAGUGAGAUGGCCUGCUUGUUUACCUCCGUGGAUUCUGUGUCAGCGCAUCCUGGGCCUUCAAGGUCAUCCAAGCUUUCUAACGGUGAAUGUAGACAAGAGUCAGGAGCCUAAACCUGGGUGUUCUUCCCCUUCCUUUGCCACCUGGGCACAGGUGGCCACGCCAUUCUCCCAAGCAGCUACCCCAGGCCUUGACUAGAGAGGGAACAGAUGUCUAACAAGAAGAGAGGCAAUUCAAGGAACUGAGAAGGUUCAAACAAAAUCCUCUCUCUGGCUAGGAGCUCUCUGGCUUCCAUUCAUUUGGAGAAUAAAUCUUGGCUGAGGAAAAGCACCAGGUUUGAAAUCAGAUGGCUCCUCUUUUUUCCUCUCUCUCUCUCUCUUUUUUUUUUUGCAUUCAGAUUGGUGCAAUAAAAUUAUUACUGGAAAGUAGAAGUUGCGCUAAGAGAUUCAUCUACCCCAUCCUCAGGUUUUCCUUUGAAUGCAACCUUUGGUGGCCAGUGCAAGAAAAGAUUCAUUAAUCUUUUCAGAGAAGCAGUUGGGUAAGAUCCAUUUGUGACUGACAUUCAGGCCCUGCUUUAAAAAAAAAAAUUCAAAACCAAGGGGAAGUUUCCAAAUGUAAAAACUGUAUGGCUCAUUUGCAUAGUGACUGAAACCAUCUUUUAUGGAAAUUCCUUCUGUGACAAAUGGCAGAAUUAGCAUUAGUUUUUAGUGGGUCUGAAUGGCCAAUAUUCAUACUCAUGAAAAGAGAAAUGAUUUUGUUCUGGAGAUGCAAUAAGGGUUGUGAGGUGAAUGCAUCUCCACCAGGAAUUCUCUAAGCUGCUAAAUAUAAUUUUAUUUGUACUAAACUUGUUGCCAAUUAAGAUUAAAUAUUAGCCUUGAGUUAGUGCUGUGUCUCUAAUGGAAAGUGCUCUUUUUAUUUGUGAUGAGACUGAUCUCUGUGAAUCCAUGGAAUAAGAGAAUGGCUAGUUAAUAAACUGCAGUAGGACAUCAAGAUUUCAGAAUGUCAAUUCAAAGAGUGCUGCAAGAUUAAGUGUCCAAAUCGAAAUAGUUAAUUUUUUAUGGAGAUAUUUUUAUGUGCUGGGGCAAUGUUGUUGUAUUUUUAACGUACUUUUGUGUUUCUUCUGGCUUCCCCCACCUAUUAAAAUGUCAACAGAUAUUUGUAGUUUAUUGUUCUUAUGCUGAUUACUGUUAACUUUCUUCUUUACAAAAUUGUGUCUCAGUGAAUGUCAAAUAUUUUUGUUUCUUUGUAGUUUUACUUUAUAAUUUUGCUGAAAUAAAUAUCUUUCUGCUCUAUUAGAAAACAAACAAAAACAGGCAGAA